GGACAUGGGGAAAUCGGACAUGUGCUCUAAACACCUUCUUUUGGCUCACAUUUGUGAUCAAAUUGUACAGUGGUCCUCGGAGGAUCCUGCCAUCGAAAUGACAGAUCCGUGUGAACCAGACACAAAGUGUUCCCAGCUUGGCUUGAUAGACCCGCUCCGUUUGAUUGAAUUCGCUGAUGCCAUCGCUGAGUUGGACUACCCACCUUGGUCCCUGCCUCCUUUACCUCAAACAAACCGUUCUCCUGGUUCUGCCACACAGCGUACCGGUUAUUUUGUUAUGAAAAGCGAGUGGUGCAUUGCACUAUUUACAUCGCUUGCGAAAGAAGUGGAACGGAGGCUUAACUCAGCCGCUAUGAACACAAGCUUACGAAGUUGCCUUUAUCUUGCUCUGUUUUGUCUGCAUGGUCAUCUUCUCGACUAUUACCCUUGCUUAAUCUCUUCUUUUUCUUCAACCCUAUUCUCUGUGAUCUUACCGGGUUUGCCAGAGAAUAUUCGGUGGGAGUCCUUGUCGUCUUCAGUGGUACGCGGACUGACAAGAUCCUGGUCCCUUUCGGAUGAUGCUGCUCCAUUGCACUUCCCCCCAAAUUCUAUUUGCUUGCAGUUUUUCGACCACCUGUAUCCAACAAUCUUGAACACUUUGUUAUUUGAUUCAGAGAAUCUAUUUCGGAAUAUUGCCAAUCUGUUUUCGCAUUUGCUUGCAUACUGGUGCGCGAAAUCUGUGCUGAUUGAGACAACCGAUGACGAUGCAUCCUCUUCGUUGAUCAAUAUCUCAUUGUUAUUUCACGCUUUGAGUCGGAGUUGGUUUCGAAAUCGCGAGCGUCUACCUAUGAUAAAAGAGUCUGUUUUCCGAAAAGUAGCUGAUUGGAUCCGGCCGUUUUUUUCCGGAUCCGUCGACAUGUUGAAAGUCCAUCCUCCUAGGAUUAUCCACCGCCUUUUUGUCAUUCUGCUGCUCGCUUUGGAGUCCGACUUUUCUACAGACUUCGACCGUCGCAAUCGUUGUUGCCUUCAAUUGGGGCAACUUUUAUUCGCGAUGUACCGCAUCCAUCAUUUCGCUUUGGUCGCAGAAGUGUUGACACCCGACUCGCCUCUAGUGCUUUUCACUUCUGAGAUGGUGACCUCUGGACAUCGUCCGCCACUGUCUCUCUCCAACGCAUUUCAACGCGCCGAGAGGCUGUUGCUUUCCCAUGUCAGUUCACGAAUACGAGAUCCAAACCCUACUGGAGACCCGUAUGCUUUAGCACAUUCUAUCUACAAUUUGCUGUUCAAAAUAGUUCAGUAUUCACCGUAUGUUUCACCUAGAUUGAUUCGGUUCGCAAAAUCCUUGGCCACCCAGUGUCCUACCCCCGCGUUGGCCUCUAUCUGGUUGUCUGAACUGACGGAGUUGAUUCAGAAGUUAUCGGUGUGUCCAUUCACAGACAGCUGUUCUCCACGAUCAGCGUUGUUUAGUGUGCCCACGCGGCAUCUGUUGCCCUCGUUUGGUCUAUCUGUCGACCGGGCUCUUUUGGCUUCACUCGUUCGUCUGCAUCAGCUUGGGUGGCAAAUGGGCCUCCCCCGCCAAUUACGGACAGUGGACAGUGAACACCGCCAAUACAUUCAGUGUUUGAGUUUGUUGAGAGCUUAGUUGCGCGGUGUGUCAGAGCCAUACGACUCUAGCACGGAACUGGGUUGGCCCAUCUUGACCUUCUUUACGUCGGAUAAUCUAUGGGAUCCCCCGGCUGCCUCCAUGAAUCCACAUAUGGAACCUGUUCGAUCUUCGUUUGGCCGCACUACUGAUUUACUUCAGAACAAAUACAAUUAUCUCUGGCGUGCAACUACAGUCCAUUUGUCGAUUCACGAUUUACUCGAUGUCUUGUCGAUCAAUCGGCGCUCUUCGUUGUUCGCCCCCAAUCCGUAUGCUCUGUUCCGACUCAGUUCCACCCUUAACGCCGUUGCAUUGAACCACGUUCGGUCUCUUCACCCUAAUUCGUUUCCCCAUCUUUUCCUACUCGCUUGCAGUUGUGCUGAUGAUCCUGACAUGAUGAGUUCUUCAUGGUGCGAACAGUACCUCCUACCGAAAAUGCAUCCGGUCGAUCCCCUAGAUGAAUUGAUAUUUCAUCGUGCAUGUGAAUUGUAUUUGCCUACUGGCAUCCUUCGACGUUGUUUGCCGAGACAGGAAUUAAUCGGGAUACUGAGGAGUCUUUCCACGAAUGGUAGUAUUUCCCCCUCAGACCAAACAAAUCCAAACUCCUGCGCUUCCCACGCGACGGCCGCUCGAAUCUUGGCAGUUUGUUCUGCUUUGGCUUGCGUACGCGUCGCCACCCCGAUCUAUGUUUCCUUGUGUCUCCCCAUCUUCACUGAAGAUUACCGGUGUUGGUUGACCAAACUGUGUGAUUCACUCGACAGAAGGGUACCAGACGCUUGGAAGUCGCAUUCCACUUAUCUUGCUAGCUUGGCUGCUCUUUCAUUCACUGAGUCUUUGUUCUCACUCUGGCAACCGUGGGAGCUGACCACUCACAAAUUGAACAGGUCUUCCACUUCUCAUCGUCUUAGCCUUAUUCGGCGCAGUCUGCGGUUACGGUUCCGGCCAUCGCUGACCCUUUCGCAUUGGGAUUUUUUCAUCUCUCUCGUGGUGAGUUGGGUGUGCUCUGUGGCGAACUCGCUCUUUGACUCCAGUACACCAUUGGAAGAUCACGAUAGACUAUUUGCGUUUCGAAGUUUCCGUGCUGCCACUGCAUUGGCCGCUGUGUUUUUGGACUGUCAUAUGUCUCCAGUGAUUUUGGACGCUGUGCUGGUACCUCAUGCUGCUGCUUCAGGAGGAGACGGAGGUUGCCCUCUUCCUUUGGAUGAAUCAACUGGGGACGAAUGGGGUGACGAUUUGGACGCUGAAGCUGAGCAGGCAGAUCUCAAAGACUUGUAUGUCAAUAUAAGGGACGAUGAUAUAAUCAUGGAUAGCGAUAACGUGCUCGAGAGUACCGAGAAUACAGAACCAUUGCCCCUCGACUUCUCAGAGGAAAUCGACGAGGGACAGGAGUCAGUUUUGAUACUUGAUGAAACUGAUGAAGUAAAUGGCACAGGGGUCGCAGAUAAUGAGCCAAUCCUUCCACUUCGUGGCCGCCCUCCACCUUCCGUUCGAACCGACUGGGACAAUUUUUUCUCCUCACAUCUUUACUCCAAUCUGUUGCCUAUCGUUCUCCGAUCUUGCUUGUCUCAGUCGAAUUCCAGUGUUUCAUGUAGUCAAAUGGACACUCCGUUUCAUUUACAAGCGCUUUGCGCUGCAUUUGCCACGUGUCCAACCUCCCGGUUAAUCCGCCUGUUUGCCGAUAAUCCGCGUCUUAUCCUAGAGUAUGUAGUGGAUUUGGAGGUAUCUGACUGUUCUUCCUCACCCUCAGUAGUACCGCUGAUCUCUUCCCGAAAUUGUUCGGUAUCUCAGUUUGUUCCAGGUCUACGCGCGAGUUUUGAAUUGGCUAUUCGUCUGCUCCGUUUUUCACCUUUCCAAUCUGGCCAGCUCCUUGGACAUAUAUUACUUACUCGACUCACCUGUACGCGCACCCAACGACCUGGCAGUGAUGCAACGUCGAAUUUGAGUAACUACCUUGUCCAUCGCCUUCCUACCUCCCUGAUGCUGGCACUAUCAGGUCCUCUACCCGAGUCCUUAGAAUGUGACUUAGUUUCGGAGUCGGCUUUUGAUUACUGGGGACGUGGAUCUCGUGCUCUAACUUACGUCACAGUGUUCUCUGUGCAGGACGGCUGGAGUCUGGAUUUAUCGGCACAUCGAUCUAUCUUAGGCUACCUUCUGGCUUGGGAUUGUUUACUGAGUCUGUUCACCUGUGCCGGACCCCAUGCGGGUGCACGGUUACAGCGAGCGUUGCUCGGUCGUUCGGCAUCCUUACUGGACAAAUUCAUGAUGUGUCUUGGCCUCCUUCUACCCCCCACCUGUGAUUUGAAAGCGUUUAUGAAGUCCCUUAGCCGACUUGAGCCACCUGAGGGUCUCAUGCUUCCUGUGUCGGCCACUUGGACGAAUCUCAUCUCUACAGUGUCUUCAUUCAGUUCCGAAACCCAUCGCCGUGCCGUACGUUUGCCUGCCACUCCGGCGUCUGAUGACGUUCAAUGCUGGGAUGAACCGUUUGGUCCAGAUGAUCCUCUCCUCUUCCUGCCUGGCCACCGGCUGUCUCGUGAUCUCAGUCACUUUGCUGUGCGGUUACUUUGCCGCUUCCUCUCUGAGGCACCUGCACUGUUCAGAAACUGGUUCCUUCGGUUGCGUUCUUUGAACUCAGACGGGUCAACCAGCAUUGCUCACCCUCAGAGCCCGUUGGCUCUCCAUAACCCGAGGCGCCUUCGUUUCUUUUCGAACGCAGUGCGCUCUUUGAUCACCGGGUAUUUCGCGACAGAUAUUGCACGUGAUGAAGUGAUCUUGGUGCAGGACAGGGCUCUUAUUCGGCGCGUCAAACUUGACGAAGGCGCAUCCAAGUCGUGGCUCUCUCUGUGGAACUCUUCAAAGGAGGUGGGGUCAAUCACCAUCAAGUGUCGACCUUUGUUAAGAAAGCUGAUCGCCACCUGCCGCAUGACCGAAGAACACUCUGUGGAGAUGAUCAUCCAACUGCCGCCUAACUACCCACUUAGUCUUACCACAGUCACUUGCUGGCCUCGUGCGGCCGUCAGCUCGCAACAGUGUCACGUGUGGAGCGAUCAGUUGGCCAAGUUCAUCAACAAUCAGAACGGCUCCAUUCUCAAUGGAAUCGACUUGUGGCAACAGAAUGUGCGCAAGAAAUUUGAAGGGGUUGAAGAGUGCGCCAUUUGCUACUCCAUCCUGCACAACACUAAUUUCAGUCUGCCAAAAAUGCAAUGCCACUCGUGCCGCAAACUGUUUCACUACGCCUGCAUUUAUCAUCAUCUCACGACCAACGUCACCCGAGUGUGCCCGCUUUGUCGGGAUCCAUUCUUUGACCCUUGUGGACGUUCAGAGUGAAAACUGUCCUCCAGUACUUUCUUUAUAUUCUGCUAUUUUUCUACCUGUCUGUAAUCCCAGAUUUUUUACGCAUUGUAUAUAUACAUAUAUAGUCAACGGUUAAAAAAUUAACAAGAAACCAUGGACGGUUCGCUUUGGAUAAACAAUCCUCGUUCCUC